GGAGACCUGAGAAUGCACUGAUUUGUCUGUCUAUACCUGAUCUUUGCUGGUGUUGUGUCCAUCUCCACGCUUUGAUCGGCCCUCAAUACAUACCCAUAGCUCCAUACAAUGCCUCUGCCGGCGCUUCUCCGCACCACGACCCGCCUGGGGCCGACGGUUGCUCGGAGGUCGAGAAGAGUGGCAUCCACGAUUGCCUCGGGCGCUUCGAAACCCCGGACCUCGCUGGAUUCGAUUCUUAUCGCAAAUCGAGGAGAGAUUGCGUUACGAGUCGGUCGGACGGCUGCAGAGCACGGUAUCCGAGUAACUACGCUAUAUACAGAUCCAGACAGCCGGGCCCAGCAUGCGCUUAGCACUCCGUUUGCCUUCAACUUGGGAUCGGUGUCGGCUUACCUCGAUGGCGACCGUAUAAUUGAGAUCGCAAAGAAAGAAGGCUGCCAAGGGAUACAUCCGGGUUAUGGCUUUUUGAGCGAGAAUUCUGCCUUUGCCCGGAAAUGCACUGAAGCUGGAUUGGUCUUCAUUGGCCCACCCUGGAAAGCAAUUGAAGACAUGGGAGACAAGAGUCAGUCCAAAAAGAUCAUGACGGCCGCAGGAGUGCCUUGCGUUCCUGGCUACCACGGUCAGAACCAAGAUGUCAACCAUCUUGAAGCCGAAGCCGACAAGAUCAAAUACCCGGUGCUUAUCAAGGCAAUCAAAGGUGGCGGUGGAAAGGGCAUGCGGAUUGCCAACUCAAAGGAGGAAUUCCAGGCUCAAUUACAGUCUGCCAAAUCUGAAGCUAUGAAUUCGUUCGGGGACGACCAUGUCCUGGUCGAGAAAUUCAUUACCACACCGCGGCAUAUCGAAGUACAGGUAUUUGCGGACAAGCAUGGGAACUGCGUUGCGCUCGGUGAGCGAGACUGCAGUAUCCAAAGGCGACACCAGAAGAUCCUCGAGGAAUCUCCCGCUCCUCAUCUGCCUGAUAUCACAAGGAAAGACAUCUGGGCCAAGGCCCGGUCGGCUGCUUUGGCCGUUGGCUACGAAGGCGCUGGUACUGUCGAGUUCAUUUUCGACAACGACACGGGCGAGUUUUUCUUCAUGGAGAUGAACACCAGACUGCAGGUUGAACAUCCGGUGACGGAAAUGGUCACCGGCCAGGAUCUUGUCUACUGGCAGCUCAAGGUGGCCGAGGGCGGAAAGCUUCCUUUGACUCAGGAAGAAGUUGAGACGUAUAUGGCCAGCAGUGGACAUGCAAUUGAGGCGAGAAUCUACGCAGAGAAUCCUGAGCAAGGAUUCAUCCCGGACUCCGGCACUCUUCUCCAUGUUCGCACACCUGCCGUAACCGAAGACGUCAGAAUCGACGCGGGCUUUGUUGCCGGAGAUGAAGUUUCCGCCCACUAUGACCCAAUGAUCUCGAAGCUCAUCGUGCGAGGAAGCACUCGUGAAGAGGCCAUUCGCAAGCUUGCCGCUGCUUUGGAGGAGUAUGAAGUUGCCGGGCCAAUCACCAACAUCGAGUUUUUGAAAACAAUCUGCAAGAGCCCCGACUUCAUCGCCGGAGAAGUAGAAACGGGUUACAUUGAAAAGCACCGCGAGGAGCUGUUCGGCAGGAACCCAGUAGAGCCCGAGCUCCUAGCACAGGUAGCUCUAGCCUGCCUACACCACGAUUCUACCCCAGUCACUCGGAAGCAGGCGACUUUUGAAGGCUCCGCUGUUGGCUUCAGCCCAGGCUACCAGGCUCGACAGAUAACUCUGGCAGAUUCUACGCCUGGAACCAAGGAAAACACCCCGUUUAAUGUUCGUGUCCAACAAACGGGUGAUACCACGUUCAACGUGCAAGUUGGCGAGCGUGUUUUUGAACAGAUUGAAAGCCAUCGGGAUUCGACAUCGCAGGUCAUCACGUCGUUCUUCCCUCACACCCGUCUCGACACCACGGUGAUCCGUGACGAGGACUCGAUCAUUGCGUUCCAAAAAGGGACACAAUACCGGCUCACGAUCCCGCGGGCCAAGUGGAUGGAAAAGGCAUUGGGCAUGAAAGAUGUCACGAACAGCGUUCUAGCGCCGAUGCCAUGCAAAGUGCUGCGGGUGGAGGUCCAGGCCGGCGACGUGGUGGAGAAAGACCAGCCGCUGGUGGUGAUUGAGAGUAUGAAAAUGGAAACGGUCAUCCGCAGCCCGCAGAAGGGGACCAUUUCCAAAGUGGUACAUCAAAAAGGAGACCAAUGCAAGAGCGGAACACCGCUUGUUGAAUUCGCAGACGAGGGCGGUGAAAGCUAGAUGGUUGCCAAGAAGGGCGUUGCAGCUUGCAAGGGAGGCCACGUACAGAGCUACGACGUAGGUGGACCUAGGGACGAAGGCCUACGACGGCGAACAGAGACGGCAGGAACCAGAGCUAAACAAUCCGGGGUAUUGGAUACGGAGUAACGCGAUCGAAAGC